CCUGAACCGAAACCUUCGCCACCGUCUCGUGUAGCCCAACUUCUUGGCGUGGUGCGUGAUGCUGUCUUUGAGCUGAGCCGCUACACUAUGGACACCGUCUUCUCCUCCGCCUUGUCCAGCUUCCCCUACACUCACACCCACACACCCACACGUCGGUGCGUCCAUGUAUCCAUCGCUGUCGUACCGUUUUGUUCGCCGAGUUGGUCGACAGCUGCUGCGCCUGGCUCGGCAUCGCGCCCCCGCCCCCCCCGCCCCCGCUCGAUGAUGACGCCCCAGGCAGGCUCACUAUGCCCUUUCCCACCAACAUCUGCUGCUUCUGCACACCGAAACCAACAACGUAUCACAAGAUCUAUGCCGAAAGGAAGCCUCCCAGUUGCCCACCUGUGUUUUGCUCAUGAAGUUGCGCAUCUUGGCUCGGUCCUUGAGCUGCUCCUUGACAAUAUCGACGUGGGCGGGCUUCCACACAUCCUUCUCCUUGCCCUUCUUGCACCUCGCAAGGAACUUAUCGAACAUCUCGACGGUCAUCUGUCGCAAAGCGACCAUCGCAAUGGGGGGUGAAGCCUCACCACAGAAAUUCAGCCGGUCUAUCGUAUCCGUCAGCCAUGAAGGACUCCACUUCCUCUUUCGUUAGAUCCUCAAGCAGGUGGGGAAACCCAUUCUGCAACUGCUUCCAAGCUGGGGCCGGUGGCGGAUCUUCCAUGCUGUGAUCUUCACCGGCAGAUGGCCGAGGGGCGGGGUCUUCAGGAGAAGGCUGAUGGUGGAUGGGCUGGGCGGCAUUGUCCGAUUCGGCUGCUGACGGCACCUGGCGCGGACGGCUGCCCUUCACUAGUCCAUACAGGCUCGUCUGCAUCAGGCCGGCUUAGCACCGCAGCAGUGCCUGCAGGUGUCAGAAACACAGCCAAUUCACGAGAGCAAAUGAAUAAAUCAAUGAAUGAGGGGAUCAUCAAGCAAGCUGCUUGCCUUGCUGUACCACCCUAUAUAGGUACUACCACAGUCUUGCCG